AUGGAAGUACUAGUGAUGGAGAUUUCUGCUAUGAACUUUGCAGCAGUAAUGGAGGCACCAGUUGUUUUCAUAUAUCGUAACAACGGAUGGGCCAUUAGUACCCCUGUCGAAGAACAAUUUCGAAGUGAUGGUAUUGUGGUGAAAGGUCAAGCUUAUGACAUAUGGAGUAUCAGAGUAGAUGGAAACGAUGCUCUUGCUGUUUAUAGCGCAGUUCAUACUGCACGCGAAAUAGCUAUAAAAGAACAAAGACCGGUUUUAAUUGAGGCUCUUACUUAUAGAGUAGGGCACCACUCUACAUCUGACGAUUCAACUAAGUACCGAUCAACCGGUGAAAUUGAAUACUGGAAGAUGGAAAGAAAUUCCGUGAAUCGAUUCAAAAGAUAG